UGUCAUCCGAUUUCCCUUUUCUGGAGUUGUGUUACAUAACCUAACCUCAAAGGGGGAUCUAUUUUGCUCCGCGACAUUAGCCUUCUUUGCGUAAGAAAUCAGCUCGUUUGUGGUUCACUCGCCGGAAAAUCCGCUCUAAAUCCCCCGUCAACAAUGGCCGAUGAAAGCAAACUGACCGGACUGUCGAAAAUUUUCAAUGGCGAAACCAUCAAGGGACGGGCUAAUGUCGCCAAAGCCACCUACGCCGGAAUCGGUCUCCUUAUUCUGUACUUUUCGCUGAAGCCAUCCAAGAAGUAAAUCGUUCGAUGACGAGGAUCGAGGCGAUAUUUGUUUUGGAAUGAGGAACAUUCUUGGUCCAGACAAAUUCCCUUUUAGGUUUAGCUUUGGAAAAUUGAAAUACAUUAUGCAAUGAUGCCCACUUAUUGAAA